AUGGCAAAACAACUCUCCAAGAAGAAAAAGCGAAGAGUGAUUCUUACCUCAGAAUCUACUGCAGAUGAGGGUGAAACUAUUUCUGAGACACCUGAGGUAGAUUUGCUUAAAUAUUCUUCUCACGUGGUUACAUUUUUUAUUACACCACCCAAAGUUUUGUUUGCCAAGACAGUUACUGUGGAGGCUCGAAUUUCAGACAUCCCUGUAAACAUAUCUGAUAUGGAUACAAAUGUCAUCAUGGGUGAGGAUGAUUCGAAUAAAGCAACAAAAGGUUUUGGGGGAACUUUUGAGAAUCUGGAAUUUGAUGAGGAGGAAACUGACUUCCCGGAUCAUAUGCUCAUGACGAUGAAAUAA